AUGAAGCACCUCGCUGCCUACCUCCUCCUCGGCCUCGGUGGCAACACCAGCCCCUCCGCUGCCGACGUCAAGGCCGUCCUCGAGUCUGUCGGUGUUGAGGCUGACUCCGACCGCCUCGACAAGCUCAUUGCCGAGCUUGAGGGCAAGGACAUCCAGGAGCUGAUUGCCAGCGGUGCCGAGAAGCUUGCUUCCGUCCCCUCUGCCGGCGCUGGUGGUGCCGCUGCCGGUGGUGCCGCUGCCGGUGGCGCCGCCGCCGCCGCCGAGGAGAAGGCCGAGGAGAAGGAGGAGGAGAAGGAGGAGUCCGACGAGGAUAUGGGCUUCGGUCUUUUCGACUAA